AUGAGGUCGUGGUUGAUAUGUUUAGUCUUAAUUGGCAUGUUCGUGGUGAGCCAAGAAGUGGCCUCAGAGACCAAGUUUCUUAAAUUUCCUGAUCCUUGCCAACAACCUAACCCACCUCCCGGUUGUUCUGUUGGAAAUGCAGAUGAAGCGUGUCUUUCAAACUAG